UAGACCUGCGCAGUAUGGGUGGGGUAAUGUGAUGUGUGUUUGAACAGACAAGGUGAAGUCUCCUGUCGUGGUACGUGCUCAGGCAAGGAGCAGACUUGAAUGGAAUUUUCUACCUCUAACUCUGGUGACGCUAAAGGAUAACCCACUCUUUGGAAAUAACGGACAUGAAUGUGAGUUAAAGCCACAAUGGAGGCAAGUAGUGACACCACAAAAAUCCUGGAGAAAGGUCCAGAAUACCUACGGAAGCAAAUGGAACUGGAGAGCGAGACCAAGGGCCGUGUGAGCGCUGUGGAGAGGCUCGCUGCAAGCAAACUGAAAUACGUCAAAAGCCAACAGGUGGUCAACUCAACACAGGAGCCGGUGAUAAGCAUUGGAUCUGCCUCAGUGGGAAGCACCGGGUCUUCUAACCGAAGCUCGAACCGUGGCGGGAAUCAUGUCAGUCUCGUCAGGGAAUCAAGUAAGUCAGCAGAGUCCACAGCUGUACAAAUCGACUCACCAGGGCAGGUACGUCGCUCCAGCUCCAAGAAACGACCGGACUCCCUUCUAAUUCACAGGCAGAGAUGUGAGUUACUGAGAGGGUCAGCAAAUGUCCGGAAACACCAUAUAGCCCGUAAGCUGUUUGCUAGCGCUAUCGAUAAAAGGGCGCAAUUAGAAUUAGGCGAGGUCACGGAUAAGGAAUGUGAGUCUGAGGGCAGCAAGAAAAAAACCAUCACACCUGAGGGGACGGGAAAGGAAUGCAGCUCAAAUGCAACUGAAUCAAAGAACGGCACCAAAGGCAGUAACGGUGUCGUGACGGGUGGUCUCCUAACAGUCCCUGAGUUUGAAAGAAGGCCCGGGAAAGGGGUCAGUCGCUCCCACUCGGACAUCAGCUCCAGGUACUCGAAAAGCUUUGCAGACUUUGACGCUUUUUUCACGUACUGCGGUCUGGACGGGGAGGUCGUUGAGUCUCUGGGGAAGGUGAACUUCUCGGCGCGCUCGGACGACGCCGCAAUGAACAUUCGGAGCGUCAGCGUGUCCACAUCAGAUGAUGGGUUCUCCAGAAACAGCGAUGACAUCGACGGGCUGCUUGAGGACGAAUUACAGGAAAAGAUACGCCAGGGCACGUCGGUCAUUGAGCGCAACGCACGGAUUAUCAAAUGGCUGUACAGCUGCAAAAACGCCAACGAGACUGGAAAAAAGUUACGAGACCUCAAUUGAGUCUUUUUUCUCAGCAGAGGCUACGAAUGCUGUUAUAUAUUUUAAGCAAGUUAAAGGUGCUGUCUUUCUUUUGGCUGCAACUUUCAUGGUUCCGUGUAUGUUCUACAUGCACAUCUUUUGUCAUGAGAAUGGACUGUUCCCGUGUUUGGUUUUGCCCAAACUUCCAUCGGACUACCUGACUGUUGAGGCCAGAUCAAAUAUACACACACACACACACACCCUGACAAACACAAACGUUACCGUUCCUAGUAUUAGUUUAAUCUUACAACUGACAUAUUUCAUGCUCUGUUUUCUCAAACUAUACAGUUCCACAUCAUCCAAGGUCAGACAGUCCGAACAUAGAUGUAUGUUAAAAUCAGAUACUUAAAGAUGCUGCUAGUAAGAAUUUUGUGCUGUUUUACUUUUGUACUUGGUAACUAAUACAUCGGUGAAUGUGUUAGGACAUAAUAAAGUGAUUUUGGUCGACAUUCUUCUCAAGCUAAAAACGUAAAGCUUUAUUUUAAGCCACUUACAAACAUUUUAUAAAGUAUUUAUGAUGUGUAGCUGUAGUUGUACACAGCUCAUUUUCAAUGUAAUAAUUAAUGCAGAGUAUUUGUCAUGCAGUGCUUAUAGGCAUUAAAUAGCUGGACGUAAGUACAGCUAUUUUUUACAGUCUGUACCAGACAUUAUUCUUUCAUAAAUUAACGCAUCCACAAAACAUUGUUAUCUUAAAAACUUAUAGCUGAUUGCCUUACGAUUCUUAAAGGAAACAUUUCAGGAUGUCUCUUACUGAUAAAGCCUGUUCCUCAGCAGUACCUGCAGAUCUCCAUACACACGAAUUAUGUAGACCAAACAUGUAGACCAAUGUUACUGACAUUAAAGAAAAGUGGUAUUCUGCUCCUUACAUUCUUAAAGGAUGGUGUUUUUUCACAUCAGUUCGUUGUGUGUGAGAGGAAUGUACCUAAUAAUCUCUAGGCUUAUGUGCAGUGACCCGUUGUAACAGUAUCUCCACUUCCCUCCCAAUCUGCUUUAUCUCCUCACCACUUUUUCUCUCAUUUUGUCUCCCGGCCAAGUUUCUUUGCUGAGUCUUUGAAGCUCAGAGGCUGUAACGUGAGUGGGGAAAAGGCCACGGAAAGACUAUUGUGGACUCGGUUGGUUAGACAGUAUUAUCACGAACUCCGGAUCACCUUCGCAGAAACAAACAAUUGUCAUGUACCUGUGAGUUGAUUAGAGUGACUCAGACACACCUUUCUUUUCUAUUAAAAUGCCUCACUGACAGUUAAGCAUCAAGGCAAGUCCCAUCCUGCUCUUUCCACUUGGUCACCCAAACUUAAAGUUACUUGUUAUAUUCAACUGACGAUUCCAUUAAUAAAACUGGCACUUAAUGUUUCAUUUGCUACUUAACCUGCAGAAAUAUACAUCAACUGUAGAAUAUGUGAUCACUCAGUGAACAUGUACGACGCCGCCAUCAGUCCAGGCUUGUAUUUUCUGUCAUGUCAUGUUUUUAUUGCAUAGUUAAAGCUCUCAGCUCUCAUGUUGAAAUGAAACUCCCAUUUUGCUCUGCUCAAAACGGGGUUAAUCCACCAUUUACGACUGUUUUGCUGCUGACUCCAAAUAAAGUUAUUUUCUUACAGACUUUGAA